CCCAAAUCAGAAAACCCUAAUUUCAACUAUUUCUCUGUCUAUACCUCAAUAUUCCCAUGGCGAAGAAGCGAAAAACCAGAGCUUCCGAACCUUCACAACCAGUUGAAGAACCAGUAGAGAUUAAGCAAGAACCUGAGGUUGAAACCGCACAAGAAGAAGAAUACGAGAACGAUGCCGUAGAAGUAGAGGAAGAAGAAGCAGUACAUGAGGACGAAGAAGAACAAGAUCCCGAAGAGGAAGACGAAGAAGGCGGUGACGAUGAGGAGGAAGAAGAAGAAAUGCCCGGAUCUGGAAAUGACGCCGUAGAGGAUGAUAAUGAGAAGUCGGUUAAUGAACAGGAACAAGUUAAUGGAGGCGCUGAGGUGAAGAUGGAGGAAGGUAAUGAAGAGGAUUUGGAAGAUGAGCCACUUGAGAAUCUGUUAGAGCCAUUUACGAAGGAUCAACUUACAGCGCUUAUUAAAGAAGCUUUAGCUAAAUACCCUGAUUUCAAAGAAAAUAUUCAGAAAUUGGCUGAUAAAGAUCCGGCACACCGGAAAAUCUUUGUCCACGGUUUAGGUUGGGAUACGACAGCUGAAACGCUAACUAGUGUUUUUGCAACUUACGGUGAAAUUGAGGAUUGUAAAGCUGUUACAGAUAAGGUUUCGGGGAAAUCGAAAGGUUAUGGAUUUAUAUUGUUUAAGCAUAGGAGUGGUGCUAGGAAAGCUUUGAAAGAACCACAGAAGAAGAUUGGUACAAGGAUGACUUCUUGCCAGUUGGCUUCGGCUGGGCCGGUUCCGGCUCCUCCACCUACUACAGCAACCCCACCGGUUUCGGAGUACACACAGAGGAAGAUUUUUGUUAGCAAUGUAGCUGCUGAUCUUGAACCUCAAAAGUUGUUGGAGUACUUCUCAAAGUUUGGUGAAGUUGAGGAGGGUCCACUUGGAUUGGAUAAGCAAAGUGGGAAACCUAAGGGGUUUUGUUUGUUUGUGUAUAAGACUGUUGAGGGUGCUAGGAAGGCAUUGGAGGAGCCACAUAAGACCUUUGAAGGGCAUACCCUUCAUUGUCAGAAGGCGAUUGAUGGACCGAAGCAUAGUAAGAAUUUCCAUCAGCAGCAACAGCCUCAGUCACAACAGCAUUACCCUCAGCAUCAUCAUCAUAAUCAGCAGCAGCAUUAUUAUCAGCAUCCUGCAAAGAAGGGGAAAUAUUCAGGUAGCAGUGCAGGAGCAGGAUCAGCUGGGCAUUUAAUGGCACCAUCGGGGCCUGCACCUGUGGGAUACAAUCCUGCUGUGGCAGCUGUGACCCCAGCUCUUGGACAGGCACUGACAGCCCUGUUAGCUACACAAGGCUGGUUUGGGGAUUGGGAAUUUGCUUGGAGGUCUUGGUGGGCCAGUGAAUCAUCAGGUGUGCAACCAGUGGUGAACAAUGCAACAGGAUAUGGUGCCCAGGUGGAUAUGGAGCUCAGCCUCAUAUGCAAUACCAACCUCAGAUGCAGGUGGUGCAAGACCACAGGGUGGUGCCCCAUACUCUGGCUAUGGAGGUCACUAGGAAAACUUAGGUAUCUGUAAUGCUAUGGCUCUACUUCCAAGUGAGAUUCCUUCAUAAAUGCAUCAAACUUUUAGUUUUGGACUGGUGAUUCUUCUGAAGUUCCGGGCACUCUCCAAAUGAAGUCUUUUACUAUCUCAAAAGUUACCUUUUGUUUAAAGACCAUAAUCUUCAAUGUGUAUUUUCUUUUUUAUUCAAGUAUUUCUAUUCUGGUGAAUGUUUUUAAACACUAUGUAGUAUUUCGCACUAAAUUUUUCUAUAUUAAAAGUAUUGAGUA